AUGCUUCGAGCUCUUCUACUCUUUGCUCUUAUUCCCGCCGCCUUUGCCAAACACGUCAUCCGGCAAACCUACAUCAGCUCUGCGGAUCUUAACGUACUCUUAUUGAGCCAUAAUCCAGAAAGAACAUUGAAUUUCGAUUUGCUCGCCAGCAUCCCGAAAAACAUCAUCGUUUCGAUCAAUGAGAUCAGCGAUCACUAUGAGUUUUCGCUGAUUAUUGGACGCGCCGGACUUCGCAAGAAGCUCAACUCAAGUGUGCCGAUGAUCCGCGGAAGGACCGAUCAGAAGACGUUCGUCAAGGAUGAUUUGGAAUUAACCAUCAUCAGCACUCUUGAGUGCGCCAAGGACUUCUACGGACCACUUUGCGACCAAGUAUGCCAAUCAGAUGCCCAUCAAGCUGUUAAUAAGAGAUGCGAUGAUUUGGGACGAAUUCGCUGCGAUUAUGGAUGGAUGGGACCACAAUGCAGUCAAGCGGUCGAUCCACGCCAAUGCGGUUGUCAGAAUCAAGGGAUAUGCGUGUCGACGAAACAAUUCCCAUCGAUCGGCGAGUCGCCGGAUCGUCUGACGUGCGAGUGCCGCAACGGAUUCCAGGGCGAUGUUUGCGAGAUCGCCACCCGACUCAACGCCUCUCAGCCGACCGUCGACGCCUGCACGCUGGGCAACUUGUGCAUGAAUGGCGCUCAGUGUUUCUCAAACGGUCCCAAAUAUUUUUGCGCGUGUCAGCCGGGAUUCUUCGGCAACUAUUGCGAGCUGAACGGUUCGACCGAUUCGCCGGACAGCACAACGCUCACACUAUCCACUCUUCAACUCUUCGUCAUCAUCCUCUCGAUAGCGAUUCUCAUCGUCGGCUGUUUCACCUACAAGAGAAGGCAUUCAAGACUCGACGCGUUGGCUCGACUCCCGGUCAUUGAGCCGUUUGAAGUUGCGAUUCCGACGAGGUCCAUGCUUGUCAACACCGAGCAAAAGGUAUUCACCAUUGACGAUGGAAGAUACUCAUCAGCGCCAACGAAGAAGGCGUUCGAAGUGGUCUAUUCGGAAAUUCAAAAGCCACCGCCACCACCGACAAUUCCGCUUCCCGAGCCGAAAGUUGUGUAA